UUGACAAGCUACCAAUGGCUAUAUAUACUUUCCCGGCCGCCUUCCGCUCCUUCCAUCCAAGUCCGAGCUCCACUGCUCCAUCGAUCCCAGCUCGACUGCCACACACACUACUACUUACCAAGCUGCUGAUCUUCAGCGAGUCUGCAAUGGACACACCCUCGCCGUCGCCGACGUCGUCCGCGGGGCACGACGAGUACAGGACGGUGUGGUCGGCGCCGCCCAAGAAGCCGGCGGGACGGACCAAGUUCCGGGAGACGCGGCACCCGGUGUACCGCGGCGUCCGGCGCCGCGGCACGCUGGGGCGGUGGGUGUGCGAGGUGCGCGUCCCCGGGGGCCGCGGGUCAAGGCUCUGGCUCGGCACCUUCACCACGCCCGAGCUGGCGGCGCGCGCGCACGACGCCGCCGCCAUCGCGCUGUCGCGCCGCGGCGCCUGCCUCAACUUCGCCGACUCGGCGUGGCUGCUCCCGCCGCUGAUGCCCGCCGCGCUGUCGGCGCCAGAGCUGGCUAGCGCGCGGGAGGUCAAGGACGCCGUCGCCGAGGCCGUCGAGGCGUUCCGGCGGUGCUCGGUGGCCGAACCGACGCUGUCGUCGCCGCCGAAUGAUACUGCCGACGACGAGGAGGAGGAGGACGACGACGACGAUGCUGUUUCCUCGCCGGGCGCGGUGCCUUGGAACGACGCCGUGUUCGAGUUCGAGGACGUGUUCAGGUUCGGUGGCAUGGUUGAUGCCGGAUCGUACUACGCGAGCCUGGCGCAGGGGCUGCUCGUAGACCCGCCGGAUGCCGCCGGCGCCUGGCGGGAGGACGUCGUGCAUGCCACCGCUGACACUGUACUGUGGAGCUACUAGCGCACUAGCAACUUGAUGUGUUUGUUUUAGAAAUGAAGAAGAAUAGCGCGGUACAAUUUGAAAGGUCUUGACAUUGGUAGAUUGCCUAUUUGAAACUCAGGUUUCGCGCCUUCUAUGUUGUGGCUAUUCCUUUUAGUGGUAAAGGUGUAUCUUUACAACAUAGGGGUCGGCUGUCGUCCGCCUCGGACCGAGCUUGCUUGCAAACGCAAAGACUAUAGUCGCGAACUCGUCACAGCUUAAUAUAAGGCAUCUUUUGGGGAAAAAAAUAAAUAAAUGAAUGGUUUAUAGUCGCUCCGGAGUACCGAGCAAAGUCCAUCAGAACAAAUUCCAGUGUCAAUAAUACAGUUGGAGCAAACUGCUCCUGGCCGCAAGGGCAAUGGUAUUGGUGAGCUACAAGUUGCAUAUUGUCGAGGGCUAUAUCAACGGGUCUACUGAGCCUGUCUCUACGGAGUAAAUUUUACAGAAAACAUCCCGCUGACGCCAGGAGACAGGGUUGGCGUCGUCUCGCGAAGCGACGAUGUGGGCGCGUGCUCCUAGGUUGAAGCGCCGGCCGCGAGCAGCGUUGUACAGAUUGCAUCGUCUGCAGAUGAGGGCGCGGGAUCCAGAUGUGGUUGGCGUGAUUCUGCUUGUUGUGGGGCGCGGUAGGAGGGGAGGAGGGAUGUGGAGGCGUGGAGCGUGUGGCCAUCGACGGCGAGGACACCGCACGGGGCCAGGGUCGGGGCGACCAGUCGGCGGUGGCGGCAGCCCGCUCGGGCUCCCAUCUGGCAUCGCGCCGUCCUCGACGAUCUCGACUUCAUGCACGCCGUGCUGCUUCUUCUGUCAUCCGUUCCCGCCGACAUCCACAACCAAACACAUCAAAAACAUUCUUCUCGCGCGUCAACCCGGCCAUCGGUCGCCGGCAUCCGCGUCGAAGAUGUCCAGGCCAACGGCGGGCUUCUCCUUCCGUUGUCUUUGUGUGUGUAAUUGUUCAUUUAGUCUGUUGUUGGUUUUGGCCAUUGAAAACUUGUUUGAUCUCAUCUCGUGCACUGAUGACGGAUGACUGUUGUUUA